UAAAGGGCUCACUUUUCAUUUUUCCAAGUUCUUUGGGCUCGAGUAGCAAAAAUUUCUCAGUUACACAACAAAACUCAUACACUCAGUAUGUCAGAUGUGGAAGUGGAUUCACAACAGCAGCCGCAGGUGCAGGUGCAGGCGGUCCAUCAGAUGGUGACUCUCAGUCAGAGGCGACGGCGCCACAGCUUGAGACGAGGAGGUGCAGCUGGAGGAUUGCAGACACAGCAAUCCUCUACGCAAGGAAACACAUCAGCACCUUCGGCUGCCACUCCGGCGCCUCGUUUCUGUCCGCUAUCCGAGGGCGUGGAGGACAACUGGACAUGGAGCAAGCGUCAUCGAUCCAAGGAGGUGGUGCUCAGUGGACCCAAUGCCCGUACCGUGCACUUUCAUCCCAACUGGAGCAAGGGCACCGCUGGCGUCCAGGGUAAGAGAUCGCUAAACAACGGUCGCUACUACUGGGAGCUGCAUGUCUCGCAGCGUGUCUUUGGAACGUCGAUCAUGUUUGGAAUCGGAACCAAGUCCGCCCGCCUCCAUGCCAAUGCCUUCCGGAAUCUGCUGGGCGAGAACGAGCAUGGCUGGGGGUUGUCCCACAAGGGAGUGCUCUGGCACAAGGGCGUCGCACUGCUGUACACGAAGCGCUUCCGCGAGAACCAUCCCACCCAGAUUGGCAUACUCUUCGAUGGCAUUGAGGGCACACUGACUUACUACAAGGAUGGCAAGUGCCUGGGAGUGGCAUUCAGAGGAUUGGAUCAGAUUGACGAACCCCUGUACCCCAUUGUGUGCUCCACGGCUGCUAAGACAGAAAUGACCCUAAAGUGUACGAUGCGGGAGUUUGUUAACCUUCAGGAUCGCUGUCGGGCGGUGAUCAUGAAGCGCGUGCGCAACGCGGCUCAGCUGGAGAAGCUGAAGCUUCCGACGCCCAUCAGCGAUUAUCUGGGCGAGGUGAUCGAUGAGAUGGAGCCGCUGCGCCAGGUAAAUCCACUGGAGAUGUGCAUACUUAAUUAUGAUUUGUAAGCAGCCCGUGAAUCUGUUUUUGUGCCAUCGAACGGAGAGCUGCCAUCAAAAAGACGAUGAUGCAAUGCCUCUGGGAAGUGUAAAUUUUUCGUAGUAAUUGUAAAAUGUGCUUUGUAAAGAUAUAUAUAUAAAUAUAUAUAUAUAAAGAUGGUAAUAUUGUUAAGCAGGAGACGAUUAUAAUCCAACUUUCAGUUUUGUUUCUA